ACCAUUCCGUCCAGUAAACAAACAUGUGGUCUUCCUUCCCCCCUCCCUUUAAACCCCCUCCUCCUCCAUCUCCCCUUUCUCCACCAAACCUUCAACCCCCUCUCCGUCUCUCGAUCAACUGGUUUGCAGCAGCAGCAGCAGCUUAGUGCUUCUUACCAGCUCCGCCGACUAUGGCGGCCGGAAUCACCAGUGCCGCUUGCUCCCGAACUAUCUAUGGCCGCCAGUUCUCAUUCAUCCGCCCCAGUUCCUCCUCCCCUUCCCCGCCGAGUUUAGUGUUUUCUCCAUGGAGUAGGUGGUUUCCGAGUUCGGUUAUCAGCUCUCCUAUAAAGCCCCGGGUUAGUGUCUGCUUUGUUGUGGGAAAGCAGAAAUUGGAGUCCGAGAUUGAAAUUCGGGCGGAGGAGGAGAUUGAGAAGCAGCAGAUCUCGGCCUCCCGAUUGGAAGAGAAAUUGGAGAGGAAGAAGUCCGAGCGCUUCACGUACCUUGUUGCCGCCGUGAUGUCGAGCUUAGGAGUUACGGCCAUGGCUGUUCUCGCCGUUUAUUACAGAUUUGCUUGGCAAAUGGAGGGGGGAGAAAUUCCAUAUAUUGAGAUGUUCGGUACAUUUGCUCUAUCAGUUGGAGCCGCUAUUGGAAUGGAAUUCUGGGCGAGAUGGGCUCAUAGAGCGCUUUGGCACGCUUCGUUGUGGCACAUGCAUGAGUCUCACCAUAAACCAAGAGAAGGAGCAUUUGAGCUGAAUGAUGUGUUCGCCAUAAUUAACGCUGUCCCGGCCAUAGCUCUCCUCUCCUAUGGUUUCUUCCACAAAGGCAUCGUUCCUGGCCUCUGUUUUGGAGCAGGACUAGGAAUCACGGUGUUUGGGAUGGCCUAUAUGUUUGUCCAUGAUGGUCUCGUACACAAGCGGUUCGCGGUGGGGCCCAUCGCCAAUGUACCGUAUUUUAGAAGAGUGGCUUCGGCUCAUCAGCUGCAUCACACGGACAAGUUCAAUGGUGUCCCAUAUGGCCUAUUUCUAGGACCCAAGGAAUUGGAAGAAGUGGGAGGGUUAAAAGAGCUGGAGACUGAAAUUAAUCGAAGAAUCAAGUUGGCUAGUAAGGGAUGAUCAUUUUGCUUGAUGAUUUUCAUCCAUAAAUCCUUUUCUUUUAAUAUGUAGUUUCCUCACUUGAAUUAUAGUAGUACUAAUUACUCCGUUUAAAAGAGUAAUAUAUUCAGUCCUGUCCUCUCGGCAUAUAAGUGGAGGAUAGUGUCAACAUUUAAUGUAAAAAUAUCAUUUUUAUUACAGUAUUAAAGUAAAUAAGAUGCUCUCCG